AUGGACCCCAGCUCUCACAAACGCUAUCAUCUACAUGAAUGUGAACCAACAGACAGGUUUAAUGCAUAUUAUUCUGGAACAGUGGAAAAGUAUAUCACUGACGAGACUGUAAGAUUUCCAAUGCAACAGCUUUAUAAGGUGGCAGGGCAAGGUAUGUUCAGUUUAAUACAUUAAUACAUUUAAAAAUAUUGCACAUUUUCAUUGGUAUUAUAAAUAUAUAUUUAACUUCUUUAUUUUUUGCAGUGCAUAGAGUAACAUACAGGCAUUAAAACAAUGCGUUCAAAAGAAAAGAGUAGCUUAGUACAUCAAAGGUAUUGCACUUUUUGUGUAAUGGUAUAUGCACUAUGCACAGUCUUUCAGCCAGUAGCAGGGUGAAAAUUAACCCCUUCAGGACGGUGUCAAUAGUGCACAAAACAAAACAUAAAUAAAAACUGGAAUUUGCGCUAUAUGUCUGUUCAACCGUAAUUCACCUCUUUCAUAUUAAAUGCACCCACAUUAUAUAUCAUUUUGUUCAGGAGAAACAGGGCUUUCAUUUCAUAUCAAAUAUUUAUAUAUGAAACAUAAUUUAUUAUGAAUAAAAUUAAAAAAAAUGUGAGAAAGUUUAAAUUUUUAGAAAAAAAAAUUGUAGUUCCGCCUCACAUUUUAGCUGUAAAUGUCAUAAUAUUGUUAGGUUUUACUGCAAAAUAAUGCCCAUAUUUGUAAUCAGCGAUGUCUCACAAGUACAACAGUACCCCCCAUUAAUAGGUUUUAUGGUGUUUUGGAAACCCAAACCCAGGACCCGCCCCGGGUGCCACAUGCCCUAGGUACGCCCCUGGUUGUCAGGCAUGUCAAUCAAAUUUUAAUUAAUCAAAUCACAUAAUUAUGUUAAAAGAUUAUUUAAAUAUACACGUAGAAUUUUAAUAUAUAUGCAUUUAUAGGUAUUUAAAUUCUACAUGUAUACUAAUGUAAUCUUUUAUGUAAUUAUAUGUAUUUAUCUAUAUAUAUAUAUUUGCGGUUAUUUGUAUUUUAUAUAUAGAUAGAUAUAUAUAGAAUGUCAUUCUAAGUGUAUUUUGUCACCAAUAUAUAUAUAUAUAUAUAUUAAUAACAAAAUACAGUUAGAAUGAAAUUACAUAUGAAUAUAUAAUUUAUAUUAAAUGUUGUUUCAAUAUUUUAUUUAUUUAUUUUAUUAUUUUAUUUAUUUAUUAUUGUAAUUAUACGUAUAUAUAUAUAAUAUAUGUGUAUAUAUCUAUUAUAUAUAUAAUAUAUAUACAUAUUAUAUAUGUAACGUCAUUCUAAGUGUAUUUUAAUAUUAAUAUAUAUACUAAUAUUAGUAUUAAAAUACACUUUGUAUGACGUUACAUAUAUAUAAUAUGUAUAUAUAUAUAUAUAUAUAUAUAUAUAAAUAUUAUAUAUAUAUAUAUAUAUAUAUAUAUAUAUAUAUAUAUAUAAAUACUUUUAAUUUAAUUUUAAACAUGUCUAAUUUUUUUUUUUACACUACCUAACAGCAGGGGGACUGUCUGAUAUUUCAGACAGUCCACCUGCUGGCAGAUCUACAGCCAGCUAUAGGGGGCCACGUGAUCGCUCUUUGAGAGCUAUCACAUGGCCCCCGGGGGGCUAAUUUGCCGGGGGAGGGCUGCCUGGGCUUUCAGGCAGCCCUCCAGAAGAGCAUCGUGGAAGAGGUGAGUAGAUCUCACCUCCUGGGGGCUUAAGCCGUUACGGCGUUCUAUGCCGCCGCAACGGCUUUAAAGCCCUUUAAAGCCGGGACUGCAUUGAACGCCGUAACGGUGUUAAGGGGUUAACGGGGUUAACGGAAUGAGCGACAGGUGUGUGGUGGAAAUCAUAACAGUAAAUAAUGAAUAAAAGUAGAGUGAAACAUACAGCUUGUCUAUGAGUGUAAGCUUCCAGGAGGCCCCCUAAUCAGGUUAUAAACAUAAGCGAAGCAGUUGUUAUUACUAAGCAUUGGUCCAAUCUCCCAGCAAGGUCUGUGCAAGUGAUGCUGGAUGUUGUUGGAAUCUCAGCUGAAUUUAGUGUCGCAUGUGGUGUUUGCCAUCUCGUAUACGCUUUAGUACUAGUUGGUUGUUGAGCAGGUAUGCCACAUACCCUCAGUAGUGGUAGGGUGCCUAGAUGGAGCAGACUGUGAUCAUCCCUAUGGGUCUAAAAAGGGGGAAAAUGGGGCACAAGUUGGCAGCACAAGCCAGGAGCAGAGAUCGGCAGCUGGUUUCCUCAUCCAGUCUCACUAGGUCACCAAGCUUAUUCUCUGUCCUCCAGCAGUGUGGACAUCUGAUGAUAUCAAAGCACAUUUCAGCUCAGGAACACCACAGACUUGACUUUCUUCUGUAACUUGAAAAUUAGGGGCACACAGUAAACAGCUGGAUAUUUUUGGAGAGUGCCUAAAAAUUCGGUGCUGCAUUGUACAGAUCCCUGAAAAAAACAACUUGGCUUUGAAGAGGAUAUGGAAGUAGGUCACAGCAAAUGAUGGAUGGUUGGGUGGGAUGGAUAAGACAUAUGAUCUCAUCUAUCCUCUGCGGAGCAGAUAGCCUCUGGCAGAUCUGUGACAUCUCUAUUUUUUAAACGUAUAUUUUCAGUUAGGUAGUUUUCAGUUUUUCCAGAAUUCGGAAUUGAUAAAAAGGCUCCAAAAGAUUUAAUUAAUUCCUUAAAUCAUCACAUGUGGACAAGGGAAUUACAAAAUGUAGGGUAUUUUGGAUCAAAUGUUGCAUUUCUCUUGUGAGUUGGUCAGAUUUCGUGGUUUAGUAGAUAACUCUCUAAAAGAUCAAUAUAACAUUAAAGAGGUUAUCUGAACGAUUAAUUAAAAAAUAUUAUUUUAUAGUUCAAGUCAUGAGAACACUGUAAUAUAUCUGUGUUGAUCUUGACUUGCACUGACUCAUGAUAUGUCUCGUGUCAGUUAGUCAACAGGAUCCACUAACUAAUUAACAAAGUAUAUAGCAGCAUGCUGGUUACAAUAUCCUCAUAGACCACUAUGAUUUAGAAUGGAUCCCAGCUCUCACAAACGCCAUCAUCUCCAUGAAUUGGAAUCAAAAUACUUUAUGCUCUAUGUUCCUCAACUAUUGCCAGUGGUUUAGGGGUUAAGAAUUAAUCAGCCAUCAGUUUAACUUCAGGCCACUUCUUCUCCAGUUUCCAGACUGUGAUAAGGGGCUUAGUCUUGGACAUGGGUGAGAGGUUCAGAAAUAAAGUAUUGGGGGGCUGGCCUCAGCAGCCUGCUGUUUACAUAAUUCACCACUCAACUGCUAACAAAGGGUGAGAGGCAUAGGAGUCUCUGCACCAGAUCUCUCGCAUAAAAAGUUCCCUGCAGUUAUACAGCCUGGAGGAUUUACGGCAGGCAUCUCAACUUAACAGACAAUGAUAUGUAUCUCCAGAAUGAAUCAUUGUUAAAAAGAAUGGUUGCAAGGCAAGGCUCAUUGGACCAUAACCACUCCAAUAAGUUUAAGUAGUUAAGGUGUGAUUCAAUAUAUUUGUUGGGAGACAAUGGGGGUGGAAUAUAUCAGUGCUUGUAAUUUUGGCUGCUAGAACUUCCUAGAAACCAGAGUCUCUUCUUUUCUGACAAUACUGUAGGUAUGGAAGGUAUUGUUAGGAAGCAGCACCUAUGGUAGUCUUAUCAAGCUCAGGGCAAUAUGGGCGAAAAAAGGGAGAGGACACAAAUAUAGUGUAGUAUAUUAGACUGCUAGUGAUAGUAAAUAAAGGAAAAUUGCACUUACAAUUUUCUGGAACUAAUAUUUAGCUCCAGAUUUAUGCGCCUGGACGGUACAAUCCCCGUCUAUGGAUAUUAUGAUGAUCUUGGUGCACUCACAAAGGUGUCUUCAGGGUAUGUACGGGUAUUCCUUUACCAAAAAGCAGGAUUAGCAAGAUUAGCAGGAUUAGAAAAGCAGGCAAAUGAAAUAUUUCUCAGUUUAAGAGGCAUAGGUGGAAUAAUCCCCACCAAGAAUAUCACUUGCGUGUCCUCGGGUUCCUGACAAUAAAACUAAACAGUUUUUCCCAAAAUAUAACUAACUCAGACAGAACCACAAUCCUCCCCCCACUCCCUCCCAUUGUGAGAACAAACACCAACUGCAGACCAAGUUUAUAAAUAUCUGUAUUUUAAAGUGUAAUUAGGCGAUUUCCAAACAGCUGUUCUCUUUACAGGUCUGUACACAAAAUGACAAAGGUAGAAAACAGUAAAGUAUAUAAAAGUCAGACCGGGUAGGCCUACUUAGUGUCUAUAUAAAUACACAGUAUCAGACUGAUUUCUCGAAAUGAUGAGAAAACUGUCUUUGCACCAACGGGGGUUGAUAUUCCCAACCGAUUUUAGAUUUAUUUGUUUUUGUGUACAUGUAUAUGCAACAAUAGUGGAAAAAAACAAAACAAAUUAAUGGCAAAUCAGAGAAGAAGCUUUAUGAUUUUAAAUUAUAAAAAUGUUAACAUUAAAUGUCCAAGGUAUGAACUCAACAACAAAAAGGUCUUUAGUAUACAAAUAUUUGACUAAAAAACAUAUCGACCUAGGCUUUCUCCAAGAAACACACUGGAGACAGGCAUACAAACAAACAUGGGGUGGAAAAAGAUUUCCAAAUAUUGUUCAUGAUUCAGAGGGAAGAUUUUUGGUGAUAGUCUGUAAAAUAAAUGGAAACUUAUUUACAUUAUGCAAUGUCCACCUGCCAAAUAAAUCUUCAACAACUUAUUUAAGAAAAAUAUUAGAAAAAGCAGAAGAAAUAAAAACAGGACAAAUCAUACUUGCAGGAGAUUUUAAUUGAGUUCUAGACCCCAAUCUCGAUAAAAAAAAAUAAUGAAAGGAGCCAAAAUCAAUGGUGUUCAAACAAGUUAAAUCUCUAAAUAAAACUAAGAAUAAAUUCAAUUUCUAUGAGAUAUGGAGAAUUAUAAACACAAAUGAUCUGGACUAUACUCAUUUCUCAAGAGUCCAUUUGUCUUAGUCAAGAAUAGAAACACAGAAACAUAGAUCCUACGCUUAUAGAAAUAAUAACUAAAAUAGAAACUAAAGAAAUAAAUUGGACAGACCAUAAUGGAGUGAUAUGUAAAAUUGGAGCUAGCAAAAAGUUCAGACUAUAACAGAAAAUAUAUUGAACUGAAUACUAAUAACUGUUUUGGAGAAAAUAAGACGGAGAAUAUGGAUCCAAUGAUUUUAUUGUGUGCGUUUAAGGCAGUAAUCAGAGGAUAUUUUAUUAAAUGAAAUAAAAAAUAAAUAACAAAAAUAAAAAAAAAUUACAAAGACAACUCAAUAAAAAUCUCAAAUUAAGUGACCUUUAUACAGAAUUAAGAAAGCUAACUCAAAUUAUAUAAAAAAAAAAAAACAACAUCUGAAAAUUCUAAUAAAAUAAUUGCGGUAAAGGAAAAACUAAAUCAACUGCUAAUGGAAAGAACCGUUAAAAAUUUAGACAGAUUGAAGCGUAAAUAUUACUCUAAAGGAAAUAGAGCAGAUAAAAUGCUAUAACAAAAACUUAGACAGCAAAAAGGAUCAAAUAAAGUGGAAAAACUAAUAGAUAAAGAUAAAAUAUUUGAAACACCUAAAGACAUAGGGCAACAAUUCAAUGAGUUUUACAGCAAACUGUAUAAUAUUCCAUCAACAAUGACUAGAGAGGAUAUCAAACAAUAUAUCGACAAAUCAAAUUUACCUCAGAUUACGGAUGGAUAGAUUUUCUUUGAAUAAAGAAAUAACUAUUGAAUAAGUCAAACAGGCUAUUACUAAUUUAGAAAAAUUUUAAACUCCGGGUCCAGAUUGAUUUGGUAAUUUAUUUUAUAAGUUAUUUCUAGAACAAAUUAGCCCCUACUUAACCAAUACCUUUAACCAUGUGGCUAAAAAUAGGCUCUUUUUCAGUAGAGAUUCUACCUAUUCUAAAAUAUUGCCCUGAACUUGAGAAGACUACCAUAGGCAUUGAUUCCUGACACUACAUUCUAUUAUCUUUGUUUGUUUAAGAAAUACAAAUGGAUCCAUUAUGACUGCAGAUUUAAUAAAUGAAUGCUUUUUAUAAAAAAUAAAUAAAUUUCCUUUGGUGCAUAGGCUAAUGAAAUGUGCUAUGUGUACGGCAAGGUAAAAUGUAUGAAAAUGAGAAAAUAACUCGUCUAAAAUACAAUCUGUAUCUAGCCACAUGUAUGUACAUGCAUUAUGUUAAGUAUUCUGACAGUAAAAGAAUUAAAUAGGGAACAUACCCUGAGAAAAUAUGUUACGUGUAAAACAACAUUAUAGUCUUAAUGCUUCUAAAAUAUGUGUUUUUAGAAUUUAAAAAAAAUUGUAAAUUGAAUGAAGUCUCAAUUCAAAACAAAAGUUCUAAAGUUAUAUUAAAUAUUUAAUAGUUAUCAUUUUCGAUACUCAAAUGUAUUAACUUUCAGCUCUUUCAAUCAAAUCUAAGUGAAAAAACAGAUCUAAAGUAAUUUUGGACAAGUUUUUACCUUUGUUUAUGGUUUUCUUUCGGGAUUUUUUCACUGCAGGUCAAAUUACAGGAGACUAUUUGAUUGAUAUUUCUUCUGGCUGUAACAUUCACCAUCUAUUGCCCAUGUUUGAGUUUUUCAAAGACAUCACUAUUUUAGAAUUUAGUGAUCUCUGUUUGAAGGAACUAGUGAAAUGGAAGCAUAGGGAGUCAGAAAGCUAUGACUGGACUCAUGCCUUAUCGAUCAUGAAAGAAUUGCAAGGUUCAAGGUAA